AUGGCCAAGUACUCUUCUCCCGCGCUUCAAGCGCUCUCGUCCCCAAGGAGGUACAUUCCGUUAGCUAUCUUCACUUUGAUUAUAGGACACUAUGUCCUAGCAGCUAUGCAUUCGGGAUAUGGAGAAGCAACGUCUGUGUCUAAGUUGACUGAAUCAUGGCGCAAGGUCGCUGAAACGACAUGCAAUUCGACCGCAUUUCUUCCGCCCACGCCCUUGACUUCAUCUAGUGAUUCCUAUUAUCUCCCUGCUCAACCUUCGUCUGCACCAUCGGGGCCACGUCCGGUCAUCGAAGUGGAGAAAUUCACUCCUCCUGCUCGAAAGGCUAACGCUGCGUUUGUGUUCUUGGCGCGUAACUCGGACCUUGCUGGAGUCAUGCAAAGUAUGAAGCACAUGGAAGAUAGAUUCAACAAGAAGUUCAACUAUCCUUAUGUUUUCCUCAACGACGUCCCUUUUGAUAAGCGAUUCAAAUACCAUACUUCCCAACUCACCAAUGCCAAUAUCUCAUAUGGAGUUAUUGAGAGUUCUCACUGGAACCAGCCAGAUUGGAUCAAUGAAGAGCAAGCCAAGGCAAACCGUCAGUGGUUCAAGGACAAUGAUAUUAUAUACGGUGAUAGCGUCCCCUACCGUAACAUGUGCCGUUUCAAUUCUGGAUUCUUUUUCCGACACGAGCUCCUCAAGCAGUAUGACUAUUAUUGGCGCAUUGAGCUAUAUGAUUACGAUGUCAAAGCGUACUGGAAUCUGACUCAUUUGGAAUCAGGUUUUACCAUCGCGCUAUAUGAAUUCCCCGAGACCAUUUGGAGUCUGUGGAAUGCGACUCGCGAAUUUAUCCAAAUGUAUCCCGAGUAUGUGCCAGAGGACAAUGCGAUGGCAUUCCUCAGCGACGAUGGUGGACAGACUUAUAACAACUGCCAUUUCUGGAGCAACUUUGAAAUUGGCGAUUUGAACUUCUGGAGAAGUGAGGCCUACAUGAAGUACUUUGACUUUUUGGAUUCCAAAGGCGGUUUUUACUAUGAGCGAUGGGGUGAUGCACCUGUGCACAGCAUCGCUGCAGCACUUUUUGCGAAGAAGGAUCAAAUCCACUUUUUCGAAAAUAUCGGAUACCGACAUGCACCAUUCGAGCACUGCCCUACCGGUCGCAUUCAUUCACAAAAUAAAUGCUGGUGCGAUGAGGCUAAUACCUUUGACAAUCCAGAUAAUGAUCCAUACUCUUGCUUGUAUAGAUACAACGCGUUGUGGGGGCCGGGCACGAACCGGCCCAAGUGGGACCCAUAA